CCCAAAUCAUGGGUGAUAACUUGUUUUGCCAGCUGUCAAAUAAAAUAAAAUGAAUGCAGAGAUGAGUUUAGAAGUCAGAUUAUUUACAAUAUGAUGAUAUAUAUAGUUGCCUUAUUAAUAUAAUGUUAACGUUUUAUGAAGACUAAUUGCACAUUUCCAGAGGCCAUACCAUGAAUGGAUAAUCACAUAACUUCAUUUAUUUUCACCCACAACUCCGCUACUUGAACAAUGACUGCAGCUGAGAAGAAAAUACGAGAGUUGGAAGCCACUGCCCAUGUUCAACUGGUCAAACUGAAGACCUCGAUGAAACCCAAAGCAGAGAAUCUUAAAAAAUCUCUCACUUCAGUGUCCUUCCUUACACUUGCCGUCAAAACGUUGGCACUGGUCUUGUUCUACUAUGCCUUUUCUAUUGGGCUUACCUUCUAUAAUCAGCGUUUUAUCAAGCACUGGAAUUACCCUCUCUCAUUAACAAUGGCCCACCUGGUUGUGAAGUUCAUGAUAUCAGCUCUCAUGAGGAACCUGAUAGAGUGCAAGACUGGCAAACCUCGUGUAAUACUUCCCUGGGGUGUAUACUGCAAGAGAGUGGCUCCCGCAGGAAUCACAAGUGCCUUAGACAUUGGCCUAUCCAACUGGAGUUUUGAAUUCAUUACUGUUUCAUUAUACACCAUGUCCAAAUCUACGGCUGUGAUAUUCAUUCUAUUUUUUGCAUUGAUAAUGCGGCUAGAAAAAUGGCGCUGGUCACUUGUGGUGGUAGUGCUGUUCAUCGCCACGGGUCUGUUCAUGUUCACCUACCAUUCCACACAGUUCAACGCGGAGGGGUUCGCCAUGGUGAUGACUGCCUCACUGCUGUCUGGACUGCGCUGGACACUGGCCCAGGUCGUCAUGCAGAAAAAUGAGCUCGGUCUACACAACCCACUAGACACCAUGUACCACAUUCAGCCUUGGAUGAUUGUAGGCCUCAUUCCAUUGUCCGCAGGAUUUGAAGGCAUACCAUUGUCAACGACUGACCAAUUUUUCCGGUUCAGUGAGUACGGCGUUCUACUGCGCAACUGCGGCCUGGUGUUAUUGGGAGCCCUACUGGCCUUUAUGCUUGAGUUUUCAGAGUAUCUCCUUUUGUCACAGACCUCCAGUCUCACACUGUCCAUCUCAGGGAUUUUCAAGGAGGUGUGCACGCUGUACAUUGCUCACAAAGUCAAUGGGGACACGAUGAACAUGGUGAACGGCAUUGGGCUGAUUGUGUGCCUUGUAGGGAUAACUCUGCAUGUAGUUAUAAAGGCAGUCAAUAAUAGAGAAAAAUCCUUAUCUUCGCCAUUGCGAGAGGACAGUAUUCAAAUGCUGAAGAUGGAUAACACUGCAAAUAUCAGUGACGAUGAAGAUGAAGAAAUAUACAGUGUCAAGGGAAGAUUACUUACAAACUGAAUCGUGCAAUUGAUUUAUAUUUAUGAGCCUUACUUUGGGAAAACCGGUCUUCAUGCAUGUGCAUCAAGUGUCAUUCCAGGUUAGCCUGCGCAGAAAUCACUUGCCAUUCAGUGACAACACUUUCCACUUUAGUUGUGUUUUUUGUGAGUCUCUGCAUAGCUAAAAUCCAGUUUAGGUGGAAAGUGUCACCCUUGAUUAGCCUGUGCGGACUUCUUAUGCUUAUCUGGGACGACACUUUACCCACAUGCAUGAAACCUCAUUUUUCCAACGUGAGGCUUAUAUAUAGAAUUAUUUGAGUCGCAUUCUGAGAAAACUGGGCAUAAUGCAUGUGCAUAUGUCGUUCCAGAUUAGCCUGUGCAGUCCGCCUGAAUUUGAUUUUUGCUAAGAAGAGACUUCAUUUACACGAAAAAUGUCAUAAAAGUGGAAAGUGUCGUCUCUGAUUAGCCUGUGCCGGCUGCACAGGCUAAUCUGGGACGACACUUUACACACAUGCAUUAUGCCCAGUUUUCUCAGAACAAGACUCAUUUUUGUAAGGGCUACAUGUGUACAUAUUUAUUAACAUAUUCGUGUUGUUUUGGAGUUUUAAAGUAUUAUGUAAUGAGUGGGACACAGAUUAAUGUAUUGAAUUUAUAUAAAUCUGCCUAAUAUCUUGAUUCAUUCCUUGUUUUAUCAUAUUUUAAGUGUAUAUGAUGUAUUAAAUUAGUAUGAUUAUAAAUAGUUAUACUAUAUACUAUAUAAUAGUAUAACAUCAAAUGAGUUAUAGAUUAUCUUUUAUUAGAUGUAAAUUAAUCUAAAAUGUUUGUUAUGUUAUAUUGAGGGCGCUUAUUGUUAACAAUAUAAAUAAAUUAUCACUAUAUUGUAAUUUUUGUUGCGUUGUGCCAUACUAGGUCUGACGUAUCCAAACUGUGUAGCUCCAGAUAAGCCUUUGUAUCUAUGAACUGUUGACGAGGAGCCAUAAUGUGUGCUUAUGAGACCACAAAAUAUCAGGCUAAUCAGGGACGACACUGUCCAUCGCAACUGGAUUUUCGAGACAUCCUUUAAACGAAAAAUACAAGUGCCCACGAAAAAGUAAUAUUCUGACAAACCUCAACAUUUUAUGAUGACGAAUAUUUAUUAUUUUACAGUGUUUGCUGUUUCUUCAACAUCUACCAUGAUUAAUUGUUGAAAGAAA